GACAUGCAGUAUCAUUGCAUUCAGCAGUGAAACGGCUGUUAUUUAUUUGGUUUUAACCGCUUAAAUUUCGCUCUUCAGUCAAGUGUGGCGACCCAAAUAGACUGCGUUAGUGCGCACGCGCGGUUACGUCUACAGUUUCCUCUUCCCUAGAACUGGUUGUACUGGAGUCCAGUUAUACUAGUUUCUUUGUCACGGACUGUUUUUGUUCUUAAAGAGGAUUUCGAGUGUUUUUAUGAGUAAUCAAAGGCAGCAGAAGCCUACGCUAACAGGCCAGCGUUUCAAAACUCGGAAAAGAGAUGAAAAGGAGAGGUUUGACCCUUCCCAGUUUCAGGAAAGCAUUGUACAGGGUCUGAACCAAACUGGCACUGAUUUGGAAGCUGUCGCAAAGUUCCUUGAUGCCUCUGGUGCAAAGCUUGACUACCGACGCUAUGCCGAGACUUUGUUCGACAUCCUGGUGGCUGGGGGAAUGCUGGCCCCCGGGGGUACGCUGUCAGAUGACAUGACCUGUACAGAGUUCUGUCUCUUCAAAGCACAAGAGGACAUGGAGACCAUGCAGGCAUAUGCACAGGUCUUUAACAAGCUCAUUAGGCGUUACAAAUAUUUGGAGAAGGGAUUUGAAGAGGAGAUCAAAAAGCUGCUGCUGUUUCUCAAGGGCUUCACAGAGUCUGAGCGCAACAAGCUGGCCAUGCUAACAGGGAUUCUGCUGGCCAACGGGAACAUCUCUGCAUCCAUUCUCAGCAGCCUCUUCAAUGAGAAUUUGGUCAAAGAAGGUGUUUCGCCUUGCUUUGCUGUAAAACUCUUCAAAUCCUGGCUUUCUGAAAAGGACAUCAACUCGGUUGCUGCCAGUCUCCGAAAGGUUGGCAUGGACAACAGGCUUAUGGAACUUUUCCCAGCCAACAAGCGGAGUUGCGAGCACUUCUCAAAGUACUUCACAGACGCCGGGCUCAAGGAGAUUUCCGACUUUGCCAGGAACCAGCAGUCCAUAGGUGCUCGCAAAGAGCUGCAGAAAGAGCUUGAGGAUCUGAUGUCACGUGGAGAGCCCCUCAAAGACAUCAUUGCUUACGUCCGAGAGGAAAUCAAGAAGAACAACAUCUCUGAGCAGACGAUGAUCGGACUAAUUUGGUCCAGCGUGAUGAGCUCGGUGGAGUGGAACAAGAAGGAGGAGCUCGUGACGGAACAAGCCAUCAAACACUUAAAGCAAUACAGCCCGCUGUUGAAGGCUUUUACCUCCCAGGGCUUCUCUGAGCUCACGCUGCUGCUGAAGAUCCAGGAGUACUGUUAUGACAACAUCCACUUCAUGAAGGCCUUUCAGAAGAUUGUCGUACUGCUCUACAAAGCCGAUGUCUUGAGCGAGGAGGCAAUUCUGAAGUGGUACAAUGAAGCCCACCUAGCUAAAGGAAAAAGCGUUUUCCUUGAGCAGAUGAAAAAGUUUGUCGAAUGGCUCAAGAACGCAGAGGAAGAGUCCGAGUCGGAGGAGGAGGAUGCAGACUGAAGACCUCUGCCUAUAAAACCAUUGAAAUUUGUAUUUUUAAUCAGAUGCAGUACAAGGAUUUGUAACAGACGCCUGUUCUCUAGUUCUUUUCUUUUUCUAUUCUCUACCUCUUCAUAUCUAGUUCGACUGUAAUGUAAGGGCUUUAAUGGGGUUGUUUUUUUUGAUGCUUGUAUCCUUCUUCAAACUCCUUCAGGAGCCAAUCAGAGUGCCACAUUUAGCUGAUAGACUGAAACCUCUGUCAUGUGACAAAGCAGAGCGUUUUGGUUUUUUAAACAUGAUACCCUUUAAAAUUCGACCAUGUGAAGGCGUGUUUCAGUCUUUGUGUUUGAUCGCUCUUAUUUGAUCCUCUGAAGUGAAAACUGUUGAUUUGCGUCUCAGAUAUGUGACAACUUUGAAUUUGUUGCCAGUUUUUAAGAUUCUUUAUCCAUUAUUGUUAAUGGAGCCGUGUCAUUAUAAACAGCAAUUGGACUUUGAUUUUUCCAUGCAUCAUGUGUAACAACCACGCUAGCUUUGUAGGGUUUUUCCCCUUUAUCGCACAUUUUCAAAUAAAUGGUUUUCAUUA